ACCUAGAAGAGGAGGAGGGGGGAGAAGAGAGAGAAGAGAGAAGGGGGACGUCACAUCCCCUUGACCCUCCAAUCACCUCGGGGUCCCAUUUGAUUGGAAGGCGGCAAAGGCUUUAAUCUCCGCUCUAAUUCGGAGCCUUUUGAAGUGGCUGAGUGUGGCAGAGCUGCGGCUGUGUGCGGAGAGAGCGGAGAGAGAAGAGAAGAGAGAGGAGAGAGAGAGAGAGUGGGCGCUGCUGGCUGCGAGCGGAUGGGACGCGUCUCUUCUCCUAUACUGGAUAUCAUAUCAGGACACUGACACCCAUCGGAUCUAAUACACACAGGAUUAUACACCGGGAUCCUUACCGGGGACCUACCUUCACCUCCACCUGGGGUCCGUCUCCCCCAUUCUACCCCACCAAUGCCUGUCCGGGGGACAUGAUCAGCUCGCCAGUGGCUUCUGGAAGUCGUGAGAGUCCUACAACCCGGGAGAUCGGAGACAACUCGGGGACACCUACCGGAGGAACCCUCCGACAGUUCCAUCACAGAGCCUUCAUCCACUCCGUGCCCCCCAGCGACCCCCUCCGCCAGGCCGGGCGACUGCCCAUCAAAGUGCUCAAGAUGCUGACAGCCCGGAGCGGACACAUCCUGCACCCCGAAUAUCUGCAACCCCUACCUUCUACCCCGGUCAGCCCCAUCGAGCUGGAUGCCAAGAAGAGCCCCCUCGCCCUGCUGGCCCAGACAUGCUCCCAGAUCGGCAAGCCGGACCCAUCCCCAUCCAAGCUGUCCUCAGUGACCGGCUCCUCCAGCGGGUCUGAUAAGGAGUCCAAGUCCGGUCCGCUGAAGCUGAGUGACAUCGGAGCCGAGGACAAGUCGAGCUUCAAGCCUUACUCCAAAGGUCAGGACAAGAAGGAGUCCAGCUCGUCCGAUAAAUCUGGAUUCCGGGUGCCCAGCGCCGCCUGUCCACCCUUUACCCCUCGGACUGGCAGCCCCAGCUCCCCCCGCACCCCUCCACCAUCUUCCGAGUCCAAAUCCUCGGGGGAGUGCUCAGAGAAGAAGGACGCGGAGCAGUGUACGAAGAGCGGCUCCUCUGAUAGCGGAUCGCACGGGAGGCGGAGCGUGGAGCUCCAGCAGAAUCACCGGGAGGGGACCCCGGGCUGUAAGAGCCUUUCUGCUGCUCCUUCCCCCACUCCGGUCUCCUCUUCCUCCAGCUCCUCUGGCUCCAUGUUGGGAUCCGGUCUAGUGGCCCCUGUGUCCCCCUACAAACCAGGUCACACGGUCUUUCCUCUGCCCCCGGCUGGCAUGUCCUACCCUGGCAGCCUGGCCGGAGCCUAUGCCAGCUACCCUCCCCAGUUCCUGGCACAUGGAGUCUCCUUGGACCCUACCAAGGGGAACUCUUUGCAGUUGAGUAGCCUAGGCUGCCCCAGUAAGUCUUCUGCCUCCAGUCCCCUAACAGGGGCCUCUCCACCAUCUGUAAUGACUGCCAGUCUGUGUAGGGACCCCUACUGCCUCAGCUACCACUGCGCCUCCCAGUUGGGUGCCAGCGCCUCCUGUGCACAUGACCUCAAAUCUGGAUACCCCCUGGUGUACCCCAGUCAUACCCUCCAUGGGGUCUCUCCACCUUCUCUACCCGGGCACCCCCUCUACCCCUAUGGUUUCAUGCUUCCCAACGACCCCCAGCCCCAUGUAUGCAACUGGGUUUCAGCCACAGGCCCUUGUGACAAGCGCUUCUCCUCCUCCGAGGAACUUCUGGGCCACCUGCGGACACACACAGCCUUCCCAGGCUCCGCGGACAAACUGUUGCCUGGAUAUCCGAGCUCCUCGUCCCUGGCCGCCGCUGCCAUGGCUUGCCAUAUGCACAUGCCACCCACAGGGGCCUCCCACAGCCCUCUGACUCUGCGGAGCCCUCACCACCAUCCCCUGGGACUCAGCAGCAGCCGCUACCAUCCUUAUUCCAAGAGCCCUCUGCCUUCAGGGGGUGCCCCAGUGCCAAUGCCAGCAGCCACAGGACACUACUACUCCCCCUAUGCACUCUAUGGGCAAAGACUUACAACAGCUUCUGCUCUAGGAUACCAAUGACUACCUUGGCCUUGGCCUUUAUAACUCCUACCAUAGGAGACAAAAUAAGACUUGAUUGUUUUUUUUGUUUUUUUUUUCUAUUGAAAAAAAAUAAAUAGAUUUUGGUGUUCAUUUGAGGACUGGAUCCAUGGACACUUAUUUAUUUAUGUUAGCUCCAAGCAGACUCAAAAGUGCAUUUCUGGACAGGUAAAGUGGAAACUCCCCUUGUAGAGUUAUAAAUAACAGGGACACAAUAAUGCUUUUUUCUCUUUAAUGUUACUUAAACAAACAAAAAAAGUAAAAAAGAAAAAAAAAUGACUGCUUUUAUUGUAUUGUAUCUUAUUUAACGUCUGUUUGGGUACAAGCCCACCCCCCCUCCUCCAAAAUCUUAAACACAGUGCAUGUUUGUUACUAAAACAACCAGCAGUUUGUCAUAAUUUCAAAUUGCCGUUAUUUUUAAGGUGUAAACGGUAAAAAAAAGAGAGAAAUUGGUAUUUUUUGUAUGUAUUCUGGAAGAAAAAAAAAAAAAGAUUUUAUUGCAAAAAUUCCUAAUUUGCCUUAUUUUGUUCUGGUCGAAAUCCAUUCAUUUGUGCAUAAUAUCCACCCCUUUAAAAAAAAGAAUUGACAAGCUGUGUGCAAGCUUGCUCGGUCAUUUUGCAUCAUGUAUCCAACACGCAAUGUAUUGCUUUCAAAAUUAAAAGGAAACAGUAUAUUUAAUUUACA